GAAACUCAGUUGGUAAUGGAGUGUUUCUACACGCCAGUGAACACGAUCUAGGGACUCGAAAUGAAUCAAAAGCCCGUAUGGGAGGACAGGGAGGUGAAAUUCGACAUUCCCUCAAUCUACAAAACCAUACGCAGCGGCGAAGUUGUACUCGAUGUCCUUGACUCGGUCGAAGACACGAAGGGCAACAGUGGGGACUGCGGCCGAAUUUUGGUGACCAACCUGCGCCUCAUCUGGUACUCGGUCACGUCUCAUCGGUUCAGCCUGUCCGUGGGCUUCUCCUGCAUACUGACGAUGAACACGAAAACGGUCGUUUCGAAGGUGCGCGGAACAACCCAAGCCCUGUACAUACUGAGCGUCGGUUCCAACUCCCGGUUCGAGUUCAUAUUCACCAACCUAACCGCGUCCAAUACGAAACACUUUGCCUCCAUCUUCGACGUGUACCGGCUGUACCAGGCCUCAACCAUUUACCGUGAGCUAAAGUUGCGCUCUUCGGUGGUAGUGUCGGGCCAACUGCAAGUCCAACCGCAGGAGCAGAUCUUUAACACCAUCAGCGGCGUUUGGAACCUGUCCAGCGAUCAGGGCAAUCUGGGCAUCCUCAUCGUGAGCAACGUGCGCCUCGUGUGGUACGCCGAGAUGAACAACAGCUUCAACAUAUCCCUGCCGUACAUGCAGAUUGCCAGUUUGCGCAUUCGCGAAUCCAAGUACGGACCGGCGUUGGUGAUCCAAACGCUCGAAACGGCCGGCUCGUAUGUGCUCGGUUUUCGCAUCGAUCCGGCGGACCGGCUCGGGGACGUGUUCAAGGAGCUCCUUUCGCUGCACAGCGUCUACACGGAAACUCCCGUCUUUGGGGUGUUUUACGAAGCGCCGGCCGACUGCGAACGCGCCCCAACGGAAUCGGCUGACGACAUUGAGGAGCUCGAUUCCACGCCCGGUGGUGACAUAAAUUCCAAGUUUACGGCUUACCUGGCGGAUACGGCUACGGGCGAUGGUUCGAAAAGGAAACCGGUCUACUGCAAGGAGCUGGGUUUCGCCAUGGAAUCGCUGAAGGAAGGUUACACGAUAAAGGACCUGUGGGAUGUACUUCCCACCCAGUAGUAAGCUCAGCUGUAGUUCCUGAAACGCACACUAUUCUCCACAAAAAUUAGAAAACCUUUUAGCAGAUGUGGUUACCAGAAUGUAAAGAGGAGCAUCGAGAUGAUAUCGUACCGUUUUUAUCAAUUUACAAAAGCAGGAACCACUUCGCCAGGACACUUUGAUUCGGUCCGUUGCUGGAGAUUCACACACGAAGAAAUCAACUACAACCUCUAAACUCGCCCAACCAACAAUGACAAUUCGUUUAUCCACAACAAUCUCCACAACAAACGGUGCAAAAAUAGCUCAUUUCACAACAGCAAACGCAUAAUUCUGCCGCAAAAUGGGUGUAAAUGAUGCCGUAAACUAUGUCCUCUUCAACAAUCCCGUCUCCAGCACCGUGUGGUCCAUGGCAGCGCAAGGAG